UCUGCAUCUGCUUCAAUUCGCUUUGUCAAACGGGCAGUCAAGAUUGUAUCUACCUCUACGUCAUUUGUAACGUCGCUUUACCAAAUCUCAUCUCUUGCAUCUUCUUUGCUUGGCACUUCGAACUGCCCAAUAUGGCCUCCACCAACACCGUCACCGUCACCCUCCAGCAGGUGGCCAAAACCAUUGACCACUCGCUGCUUCAUCCCACCAUGACCGAUGCGGAGAUUCUCGAAGGCAUCAAGAUCGCGCGAGAGCACAAGGUCGCUACGGCCUGCGUCAAGCCAUACUCCAUUCCCUUGGCCAAGAAGGAGCUCGAGGGCUCAGGCGUUCUCGUGUGCCCGGUCAUUGGCUUCCCGGCGGGCAACUCGACCACUGAGGUCAAGGUUUUUGAGGCUACCGCUGCUGCAAAGGCAGGUGGCCAGGAGAUUGACAUGGUCGUCAAUGUUGGCAAGGUACUCGGCGGAGAGUGGGACUACGUUGCGGAGGAAAUCCGCCAGAUCAACGAGGCCGUUGUCGGCGAAGGCGCGAUUCUAAAAGUCAUCUUCGAGAAUGAUUACCUCCAAGACGAGCACAUCAUCAAGCUUUGCGAGAUUUGCUCCGAAAUCGGCGUCGCCUUCGUCAAGACCUCCACUGGAUACGGCUUCGUCAAGCAGGCCAACGGCCAGUAUUCGUACAAGGGAGCCACCAUCCCUCAGCUCAAGCUGAUGCGAAAACACUCCAAGCCCGAGGUUCAGAUCAAGGCUGCGGGCGGCAUCCGCACACUCGACGGCUUGUUGCACGUCAUCUCCAUUGGCGUUACUCGCAUUGGAGCCACUGCCACGGUGGCUAUUAUGAAAGAGGCUGUGGCAAGGGGAAUCACUGACCAGCCUACCACGGUGCAGUUUACCCCGAUAGACGAUAGCUCUGCGGGCGGAUAUUAGGUUGGGGCGAAACAGGACACUGGGUUGGGCAGGAAAUUAUGCAUCUGAAGUUGAGUUAAAUCGACAUGUUUUAAAUUCCAUUCGGUUCAUUUCUAAAGGCCGGGGACGCAUGUGUCCCUUGAACCCGUAUUGCGUGCAAAUGCUUCGCUGAGAUGCCUCCUCCUUGCGUUCAAUCAGAAGACAUGGAUCCCCACCACCGAGCGUUUAGUUUUAUUAUAAAAAGCCAAUGAUCUCAAUGGAUACGAUGAAUUCAAAUACGGUAUCGCGUCC